AUGCUUUCUUCAUGGAGACCUCAUGAGGAGGUUUACAUGGAAGUACCUCAAGGUCUAGCUGUUGAUAGGUCAGAUUUAGUGUGCAAAUUGAACAAGUCCUUGUAUGGCUUGAAACAAGCAAGUAGGCAAUGGUAUGAGAAGCUAACUGAAGCUCUCUGUUUCAAAGGAUACACACAUUCUCUGCUAGAUUAUUCUCUGUUCUACAAAAAGAAUGGAGAUUCAAUGGUGUUUGUAGCUGUCUAUGUAGAUGAUGUCCUGGUGACAGGGACUGAUUUGGAAGAGAUAGGUACUCUAAAGAGGUACCUACAUGAAACUUUCAGAAUAAAAGACUUAGGUAGAUUACACUAUUUUCUGGGCCUAGAAAUUCUAUACAAAGAUAAUGGGGUAUUAAUAUCACAAAGGAAGUUCACAAUGGAUCUCCUGUCAGAAUUUGAUUGUAUGAAGUAUUCAGCAUUAACCUCUCCAUUGGAUCCCUCAACUAAGCUAAGUGCAAAUGAAGGGUCCCUGCUACCUGAUCCCUCACAUUUCAGGAAGCUAGUGGGCAAGUUGAACUACCUAACUAAUACCAGACUUGGCAUAUCAUAUAGUGUGCAAUGUUUGAGCCAGUUUAUGCAAAACCCUAGGGAACCACACCUGAGAGCUGCUUAUCAUGUACGGAGAUACCUCAAAGGUGAUCCAAACUUAGGAAUCUUUCUGUCCAAUAGUAAUGACUACAGCAUUCAAGCAUUUUAUGACUCAGACUGGGCAGCCUGCCCUGAUUCAAGAAA